AUGGUCGAACUAAAUCCCUUUUCAAUCUUUACAACUUCGACAAAAAUUCCUAAAAUGAAGCCAAAAUCAUCGGUGAAUCGACCUCCAACACCAGAUGUUUCCGAUAAUUUCCCAGAAAGGGAACCAACGUUUCAGGAACUCAUCAAUAUCAAGUUUAUUGAGACUGGAGAGAAGGAGCGGUUGAUGGAGCUUUUGAGGGAAAGACUUGUGGAUUGUGGUUGGAAAGAUGAAAUGAAAUCUAUAUGCAGGGCUUUUGUGAAGAAGAAAGGAAGGAAUAAUGUUACUCUAGAUGAACUUAUACACGUAAUUACUCCAAAGGGCCGAGCCUCAGUUCCUGAUUCUGUAAAAGCUGAGCUAUUGCAAAGAAUUCGAACAUUUCUUGUUUCGGCAGCUCUCUAA